UUUUAGGAUGGCCUAGUGCGACGUAAAUUACAGGCUACAUAUAAAUAUAUGAAUUAAAAUGAGGGAAAUUAAUUGAUAUUAUAAGAAAAAUGCAAUACAAAGAGGAAAUAUUUCAAUCAAUAAGUAUUCAGGUUAAACUUCAACUGUGUAAGUGUUAUCACCAGGAAGUGUUUAAUGUGUUUUAAUAAAGUGCUUACGCUUGCAUUUGUUAAACCUAUAUGAACAGUAACAUUUUUAUCUAAUAAACAAUUUACUCUUGCACUGAUUAUUUGCGGUGGAGUUAAACCAGGUUAAUUUCUAUUUACAGACAUUUUGGAAAAAAGAAUUAUUGCUACUGAACAAAAUGGAUUGGAAUUUAACUUUUAAUGGCCAUAUGAUCCGGAAUCAAGUGCAACUGUCAGAAGAUAUCUCACUCGUGUAUCAGCGUUUUGAUGGCCUGGAAAGUCAAAUUCAAACACUGAUAGAUGGUCAACAAUUAAUCAUUGGAACAAUUAACCGAACCUUAAAGAAAGACAAAAGACGUGCAGCGCAAAAACCACCUAAACAAAAACUGCUUGGACAAAAAAACAAGCAGCCAUCCAAGAGUGAUGUUUCAAGGCUACUUCAUCUACCAGAAGCUUUACAAAGAAACAUCAGUAAAUUUACUGAAAACGUCCUGUUCAAAACAUCAAACAUUCCCGACGACCUCAUAUCAAUGGAAUGUCUCAGUGAGGAUGAAUGCAGCGUUAUAUCUUCAAAACCGAGCCAAAAAGAUCAAACGAGACUACUUAUCAGAAAGAUAAAAGCCAGGGGACCUGAGGUUAUAGAGAAGUUUCUUCAUGUUAUUGGAAAAGAUCAUCCAGAACUGUACAUGGAAGUUUAUAAAUCACUUGAUGAAAUAGUGAGAAAAUAUAAAGACAAACCAGAAUGUGCCAUCUGUGUGAUGCAAUACACUGUUGAUUUGAAAGAUAUUGCAGAUUAUCUGUGGGAACAAAAAAUCAUAACAGAUAAUAUUUACGGAGAUAUUAUUGAGAGUGAAAGUUUAUACAGAAGCAGACCCAUGAUAUGGAGUAGCAUUAUCAAUUCCUUAAAUGAUUUCAAUGACAUUGGUGAAGCUAAAGCUAUUCUAAUCAAUGCUCUCACACCAAAAUAUGAACAUAUAGUGAAAUACAUAAAUCAAAAUCCAGACAGACCGUCCCUGAGUUGUUGGUGCUGCAGAAAAAGUAGACGGGCCAGACCGAGACCUCUGGUAUCAGAAUUUGGUAGCCAGACUGAUGUCAGCACAACUUCAGCCAAACUACCAAAGGUUCUAGAUGACGAUAAUUAUUCAGACGACAGCCAGUCAGUAAUUAGUUCUCAGGGACUGCAAAGCAGUAACCUUCUUUCGUACGAAUUGCCAGAGGUAUUUGAAAGCAUGGGGAACAUUUCUUUUCCACAACCAGAAAUUCAGAGUUCAGUUAUAGACAGCACAACUACCGUCACAAAUGAACUCACGGCAGAAAAUGAGAAUUCCAAGAGAUUAAACUCUGAAAGUUUUGUCCCACAAACUGAUCUAAAUGAAACACAAUAUCUUUCAUCUACAUUACCUGAGGAAUCUUCAGCUAUUGUCACAGAAGCAGAAACUAAGGAGAGACAAGAGCUAAAGCAUAGUAUCAGUACAGUAAGUAACACCUCAACAAUUUGCGCAAUUCAUUCUUUCAGUUCUCUUGGGGCAGCAGAUGACACAGUUCCAACAAAUGAAAUGCAAAUUCUGUUUCAAUCAGAGCUGAAAGACGAUGAAAACAAUUCUGUUUUCCAUGAUGAAACAGAUAAUGAUAAAUUUCAAGAUCUGAAUGAUGAAACAAUAUCCACAAAAGAAAGUAAAGCUGAUGGCAUAGUUAAAAAUUUUCCAAAAGAGUUAACAACAGAUAAUGGUGAGGAAAAGGAUAACACAAAAGCUAAAGAGGCAGAAGAUAUAUUUACAGAAACUACGUAUACAGGACAAAAUAGUGUUGGUGGAGAAACAGCUGAUAAGGAGGAAGCUGGAGAUAAAGUUGAGAUGGAGAAGGAUGCUAGAGAAGUAGCUGGUGACAGGAAGAAUGGUGGAGAAGUAGCUGUUGAGGAGGAUGCUGGAGAAGUAGCUGCUGAGCAGCAUAGUGGAGAAGUAGCUGAUGACGAGAUUGAUAGUAGAGAAGUAGCUGGUGAGGAGAAUGCUAGAGAAGUAUCUGCUGAGCAGCAUAGUGGAGAAGUAGCUGAUGAUGAGAUGGAUGGUGGAGAAGUAGCUGAUGAGGUGAAUGGUGAAGAAGUAGAUAAAAAUACUGGUGAAGUAGAUGAGACAGAUGGUGGAAAAGUAGCUGAUGAGGAGGAUAAUCAGGUUUCUUCUACAACAUUUGACCAUGCUAGUCUGCAGCAAAGGAAGUCAUCUAACAGACUUACAAAUACUCCUCAACAUGCUGAAAAACUUGGAAAUGUAGACGAUGGCAGUCAAGUGUCUUCAACCUCAUUAGACAGUCAGGGAGAUUAAAAAACAUUCUGGAACAUUUUACAUCUUAAGCAUGUUCCAAUUUUUGGUGCAUUCAAAGCUAGAGUGCUCUACUGUAAGAUCACACAACAGUUAGAAAACAAGGUAAUAUUUAGAAAAUGUUUAGGAAACAGAAAUUAUUUGUCAAAAAUGUUGAGAAAGGUGCAAAUAUAGAUGAAACUCAUGAAGAUGAUCAAAUAUCAAAGAAUUACACAAGAAACGCGGCAAUGCCACGAAACCAGGUUUUCAACACUUUUCAUAAGAAUAAACAAGAGUGCCAGAAUGUCACAAUAUACGCCCGUCACAGCAAAUUUCUUUACUCUAGCACCUGUAUUUGCAGAUGUAAUUUUAAUUUUGUGGUUGUUUAGUAAUCAUUGUAAUUCUUUUGUUUUUCUAAGUCCACAAAAAAACUCCUUACCAGGUAGAGAUACCUUAAAAUACACCUAAAAUUAGAAAGUAACAACUAUGUUGUACCACAGAAAAGUGGUCUUGGUUUUUCCCUAUGGUCAAUUAUAAAAAAGUUACAAUAUAAGUUAUUUAUAGUAACAACUAAGGGAAGUUAAUCUUAAAAAAAAAAAAAAUAAAAAAAAAAUAAAAAAAAAAAAAUUGUAAGUCCACACAGAAAUCCUUACCAGGUAGAGAUUGGUCAAAAUACACCUCAAAAUUGCAUGUAACAUGCAUGUUGUACUACAGGAAAGUGAUCUCGAUUUUUCCCUACGUCUAGUAAUGAAAAAGUUACAAUAUAAGCUAUUUAUAGUAACAACAAAGGGAAGUAAUUCUAAAGAAGGGAACUGCGCAAGACACUUCGUCUCAUGAUGGUGUGUAAUUGUGCCAAGUUACAUCAAAAUCCCUCUAUGCAUGAAGAAGAUAUGCUCCGGACAAAGUUUUCAUUCUUGUAUCCUUUGACCUCUAAGUGUGACCUUGACCUUAGACCUAGGGACCUGGUUCUUGUGCAUGACACUCAGUCUCAUGAUGGUGAACAAUUGUGCCAACUUUCAUCAAAAUCCCUCCAUGCAUGUAGAAGAUAUGCUAACCCUAACCCUAACCUAACCCUAUUUUUAGUAACAAUGACUUUGACCUUGAUCCCAGAAACCCCAAAAUCAAUCCCAAGCUACAACUUUAUAUAAGUUUUCUAUACACUAAGUUUCAUCAAGAUAGCUCAUUCCUAAGUUAAGUUAUUGACCGGAAACCCUUUUUCUAUUUUAAGUAACAGUGACCUUGACCUUGACCCCAGAAACCCCAAAAUCAAUUCCAGCCUUUGUCUUGAUAUAAGCUACAUACAUACCAAGUUUUAUUCAAAUAUCUUUACCGAAACAAAAGUUAUUGACCAGAAACCCUUUUUCUAUUUUAAGUAACAGUGACCUUGACCUUGACCCCAGAAACCCCAAAAUCAAUCCCAGCCUUUGUCUUGAUAUAAGCUACAAACAUACCAAGUUUUAUUCAAAUAUCUUUACCGAAACAAAAGUUAUUGACCGGAAACACCAGUUUGACCAGCCGCCGCCGCCCCCACCGCCACCGCCGCCGCCACCGUCCGCCCGCCCGACCGACAUCUACCCCAAUCUAAUAACUCUGGUUAAAAAGAAAUCACAAUACUCCGCUCAGGAACAUAGCAAUUCAGAUCAGACAAUAAAGUGAUUUUAGUUGUUACUUUUUAAAUCUUGAUUCAUUUUUUCUAGUUCUGGGAUGUGUAGUACUUUAUUUUCAAAGUCCAUGCUCCUGUAUUACCACAGGUACCAGUAAUUCUUACAUACUUCUCUCUGAAUUAAGACAAAAAACAACAUUCUGUGAUUUGGGCAAAGGCCUAAAAACAGCUAGGUAGGAUAUUGCUUUAGAUUCUUUUUGUUCAGUCACGACUGCAAUACCAGUCACAAAUGCAUUAAGAAAAUAGUUAUAUUACUGCAGGAUCAAUCGGCUAUUACGCUUAAACUGUAACAUAUUUUUUCUCUCCAAAUUUUUUAGUAAGUCAGGGGUUGGGGAGUUGUUACGUACAUGUCAUUCCCUAUUAUGUUCAGCAUACUGUUUUAUCUUGAUGACUCAUUGUUUACUAUAAAGCUUGUCCUAGUUUUGAGACAUGUUUGUCAAUAAGUUAUUUGCAGACUGUGGCUUUUUUAUACAGGGUGUUUACAUCGGGUCAAAACUGUGGCCUCUAGAGUGUUUAAACAUCAUCACCUGACAUUUUUCAAUAAAAACCUUGUAAAGCUGGCUGGACACAACAGUUACUCUGUUCUACCUAUUCCCGAUAUAAAUAUCAUGUGACUGCUCUCCAUCAUCACGUGCCAUCUAUUUUUAAAUAUUGGUUCCACAAUGCUCUUUGUAGCUUAUGUACACUGGGAACAAACACGUUUAUUUUUAACUUCUAACCUAUAUUCCAGCAUGCGCCACAAAAUAAACAUGUUGGUUCCCAAUGUGUAAAUGAGUUACAUGUACACAGAGCACUGGUGGAACCAAUAUUUAGAAAUAAAUGUCAGGAGAUGAAACCCGAUUAUCCUCCUCCUCAUCAGUUACUUCUCCACCAAUUGUCUCAUUUACUUCUCCAUCAGUCUUCUUAUCAGUUUUACAAGGUUUUUAUUGAUUUCACCCGAUUGUGUGUAGAUGCUUUUUUUAUGGUUUUGGGGAAGGGUGGCAGGUCCUUUCAGAAGACGAAAGACCAAAAUAGUGGAGGAAAUGUGCGAUGAAAUUGUCAUCGCUGCCGACUUGGGUUUAAAUGCUAAUUUUGUUGCGAAUAUGAGAUAAAUUCAAAUGAACCUUACAUGUAUCAAAAGGAGAUUCAGUAGUAUUUCACUGAAGUGAAGUUGCCCCCUAGCACAAGCCCUUAAUGGGAAUUUCUACUGUUUUAAAAGACGAUUGAUUUUUAUUAAAAUUUAAAUUGUUA